AUGACCCACAAAGUCGAUCUGGGUCGCAGCCUCUUCUGCACGAUCGACUCCCGUCUACGUCUUCAUCUGGCAGCCUCGGCCCAGUUCCGUUUACCACCAACCCAUCGACGCUCAGACAUCCCUUUCGACAUGAGUCAAUGGUUAGCCUCUGAGGAUGUUUGGGUGCUGCCAGGCCCGCAGCUGGAGUUUUCCUGUCGCAUUAGCGCUGACCCAGUUCUUGAGGGUGCUAUCUCUGGGUUGAGCUCACUGCUGAGGGACAAGCUUUGUAGGUCAAAGAUCUGGCCGAGUCUCGGAUACACUGCGAUGCUCAAGGAUUGCACCUCUGUCACGAAUCUGGAUAUGUCCCGGGACCAGUGCCUCGUUUUUGGUUUGUGCAAGCAAGAUGAGGCCUCUCCCUUGCGAAAACGCUGGACCUUACCCGAUGCAAUACAGAAUCCCGUUGAUGUCUACCCUCCGACGGGCGUGCGUACGGUGUUCUUGACUUCAGUUGACAUCGUCCUGGAUUACAGUUACUGCGCCGAGCAUUCGCCUCGGCAAGAAUGGCAAUAUACCUUCGCAGCUGGGGGUCAGCCACAGUUGUAUUCUUUGAUUCCAGCCCCAUCUUUCCAAUACCGCUACCAUCCAGAUACCAAUUCCCCUUUCGAACCACAAAGACCUUCUAUAUCUGGAUACAUCAUGGAAAGUCCAUUGUCGAGUCAAUCGAGCCAUUCCUCUUUCUCGCAGACAAGCCGCUGCCCGCGAACCGACUAUACCACCAUCCGAAUAUCUCAAGAGCUUCUGCGUUUAUUCGAUUUCGGGCUCCAGAGACUCAUUCUCUCGGGAUCCAUCAAAGACCCUCAAGUCCUGAUGCCAGGGCAAGAAACCCUACACACCCUAUCAGACAUAGCACCGGCAGUCUUCAGCCGGGGAUACCGUGAGGUGAGUAUCUUUCUCUCAGUUCAACACACACCCCAGUAUCUCACAGUCGAACAGGCCAUCAACCAGCGAGCGGCAUCGCUAACUACUCUCACCAAAGCGCUAUCUUCCAUGCUUGAGGGCAGCCGGAACCGUGCCAUCCAAAAUACAUUAUCGACCCUGUUACGGACAACCUCAAACCCUGAUGAAAAAAUUGUUCCGACACAAUCCAACAUAUCAGAUCUAAAGCCCGCAAUCUCAACUUCACUCUGGCGCAUCGCCCAGCAAAACCUCCACAAGACUCCAAAAACAAGAAAAUUGACUCCCUUUUUUGACAUGGACCCUGGACUAGAAGUAAAGCUGGCAACAGAAGAGCCCGAGGACCUUCCACUCUUUGAACAGGAGGAAAUGCUGCUUGAGAACCGAGUUUCAGAGCCAUAUUACCUGGAGGACACUGAUGCAACGGAGUACGAGGGAGACGAAGUCGAUGCUGGUUUCUCAGAAUUACUUGAGAAAGACAUAUUCAAAAAACCGGAUGAUCUGCUACUAGAGGAAACGAGGAGCGAGUCAAGUUUUGUGGACAUCGGCGAAUCGACGCAGUCCACCUUCCCCGAUACAGGUUCACCAUGUUCCCUUCUCUUCAUUGACCAUGAGAUGCUUCUUUCGAACGAUGGCGCAGCGAGACAGGAAGGGAUUGUUCCACUGUUGGACCAGCAGGAUGAGGUACAGGACUUUGAGGGGUGUCAGAUGUUGUGCGAAUAG